GGCGGGGGUCUAGCUCAGGCUGAGAGGGCGGUUUGCCACAGCCUUGCAAUACACGUCACUGCCCUCCCCCGCGAUCAAGUAAAACAAUAGAAAUACUUUACUAACUGACCAACUAUGUCGGUUCUGCACCCCCCCAAAAAAUCCUGACUACGCCCAUGAAGCAACGUAAGUUUCUUUUCCUUUCCCUUUUUGUGAACUUCAGUAGCCCUGUGGCAAGAAAGGAUAUAUUGUGAGGGUAGCUUAUGAUAGCCCUGCAAUGAAGCCUACUGUUAAUGCUGCAAGUUAAAUAUUUAUUUUUAGGGUGGGAGAGGUGGUUUGAGUUACAGACAAAACUCCCCCAAAGAAAGCACCCCACAGGUUGCAGCAAAGGCGUCAAUCUACUCAUAUUAAUGCUUUGGUUGGGGUGGGGACGACGUUGAAAUAAAGAAGUACAGAAAUAAUGCUUUUUGAUGGGACCUAUAAAUAAAUCAUGCUUGGUUAUCAUACCAGCUAUGGGAAAGAACUUUAAUAUAUGAAAGAAAUAUUGAUAUGUUAAGUUAAGGAAUAGAGAAUUCUAUUAGCAUAGAAGAGGGGAAUUUCGGUGAUGAAAUGGCUAAAAUAGCUUAGGUUAACUGAAGCAUAACAUUUUGACUGUUGAUAGUAAGUAGAAUUAGAAGGCUGAGGACUUAUCCACACCAGAGCAGCUCAUGGAUCUGCACCGUUCUAAGCAAGGAAUUUUGAGAAAAGUCAUAUACAAAGUCCAGUGUUCACCAUUAGAAUAUACACAUAGACAGUAUACAUUUGAAAAGGGACCCCACCUUAUCUAACCACAGCAACUGCUGGUUUAGUGUGAUUCUUACCAGCUGAUUGGCCUGAUCAACCAAUUCAUAGGGUUGAUUAUUAGAAUAAUGAGUGUGUAUUGAAGUAUUGCUUAUAAGAGUUGUAUUGAUCAUAAGAUGAAUAAAGCAUCACAAAGGUAUUUUGCGUCUGUCUUCUCUUGCAUCUGUAACAAAAAAUACCAGUGGUCACUGGCUGUAUAAAAUCCCUUUUUAGGACAAUCAGGUACAUCAACCAUGACAUGAUGAAAGCUGGCAAAAUCAGUAUAUAUUUGGUGAUCAAGAACCUGAUUGGCUAACAGUAAAGGUAAAGGGACCCCUGACCAUUAGGUCCAGUAGUGACCGACUCUGGGGUUGCGGCGCUCAUCUUGCUUUACUGGCCGAGGGAGCCGGCGUACAGCUUCCGGGUCAUGUGGCCAGCAUGACUAAGCCGCUUCUGGCGAACCAGAGCAGCGCACGGAAACGCCGUUUACCUUCCCGCCGGAGCGGUACCUAUUUAUCUACUUGCACUUUGACGUGCUUUUGAACUGCUAGGUUGGCAGGAGCAGGGACCGAGCAAUGGGAGCUCACCCCAUCGCAGGGAUUCGAACUGCCGACCUUCUGAUGGGCAAGUCCUAGGCUCUGUGGUUUAACCCACAGCACCACCUGCGUCCCCAUGAUUGGCUAACAACAUCAGGCCAAAUCCAGCAGCCAACUGCACGCAGAAGCCUUGUGCUCUACUGCAGGGCCAGCCUUGAUAGUAGGCAGAGUGAAGCGGCUGCCUCAGGCACAGAUGCUGGGCAAUGUACAGUUGUGAGGUGUCUGAGGGGGAGAGAACUGGGUGCCACAUUGCCUGCCCAGUGACCCCUGAGCAAGCCUGCUGCCUUCAUGUGUGCUGACCUUUUUGCCAGUGUUGAUGUGAAAUUUAGUAGCUGUGUCUACUAGGACAACAUUUUCCUUCCCCUCAUGGAGCAAAAUACCUUCUUGUACAAUGCAGAUUAAAUGGUUAAAAAAUAAUAAUUACUUUUUUUAACACACAUGAAGACAUAAGUGAGAAAGAACACAUCCUUGGUUGUUUAUUUUAGUUUCUUUGUGGUCAUGCUAGCCUAAAAUUAAUUGAUUUAUGUGGACAUCUCACUUCCCCACCCCAGAAGAUUAAAAAAACCACAGGUCUGUUUGUAGCAGGAACCCCCCACCCCAAUCAUUCAGUUUGUACAAACUUCACACACUCACACUCACACACUACAUACGCCACGCUUCUGUUAUAAAUUCAUAGAAAAAUCAACCAUACAUUGGAUUUGCACUGUUCCAUUUUUAUUUUACUCCAUAUGACAAGGACUAUCAAAGGGGGGUGGCUUGGUUCUGGUCAGCCAUAAUCCCUUCACCAUCCCAGCACAUCCACAGGAGCCCUGCCCAGUUGCUAUGCCAACCCUGAUGGUCCUAGACAGAAGACCAUCAAGAUCACAAAGAACUUGCAUAUGGGAGUGGAUUCAGCAUGGACUGAAACAAAGGACAAUGAUCAGAUCUUCCCUCUGGGGGCAGGAAACUGCCAACUCCCCUUUGUCUCCUGGAAGUGACUCAUGGGGGGGGAAAGGAGGAACCAGCCAGGUGACAGGACACUCAGGUUACCACCACAACUCCUCCCUCAACCCCUCCUUUCUGUAAUGUAUGCAUGAUGUUUCUGGGGGUGGGCUUGACCUAGAGGAUGGGAAUUUCAAAAGUUUUUAUAAGGUCUUGCACACCAUCUUUCUGGGUCUUUCCUCUCUCUUGCACGUGAGGGGAACACCCUGUUGCAACAGUUCAAUAAAGGCCAAGCCUACAGGCUGCUGUUUUGCUCCAAGUUAUCCUGGUUGGUGUCUUUAUUUUGUCCAAGGGAGCCCUCGGAUUUUUCCGGUAACAUGUUGAAACUGGAAAUUCAAGUCUGUCCAUUCCCCGCUCCCUCCUUAUCUAUGAAGGGAACAUGAUGGAACUGGUUGCCAUCAAUAUAACAGAAAAUGCAUAUUCAUUGCAUGUAUAGUCACUCACAAUUUGUAUGCUACAAGUGCCUCCUUGUAUUUUGGCAUUCCCUCCAUGUUACUGAAAUACAUUUACCGUACUAACCUUUGUGGGCCUUGGUAAAAAACCAGAUCUAGUAUUAUUCACAUAGAUCCUCAUGAAUUUGCUUGAGUUUUAUAUACAAAGCAUACAAAUUGGUAAAAAUGCAAACAAAAAUAAGCUUAAAAGCACUAUCAGAACAUUAUCAGUACUGUACCGCCAACAUAAAAAUUAGCACAGCACAGCCUAAAAUCCAGUACAAAGCAGCACUCAGGAAUACGACUUCACUUUUGGUUUUUAUACCACAUUAACCACAUGCUGUCUGCUCUGAAUAGGAGCCAGCCUGGGGUUGAGUAGUCUGGUCUACUUAUCUUGUUUUUCUGCAACGUGGUGGCUGGAAUACUAACAAAUACCAUCCUCUGCCCGGGAGCUAGCCUGACUUUCAGGAAGUGUGUGCAGAAUGGAUAUGUGGAAUUAGUAAAACAGAUGUAGCUGCUGGGCUACUUUUGACAAUAAUGCCUUCUGCCUGUUACUUUUCGGAAAUGAACUUGAAAGUUGAGAUCACUUUCCGUCUCACUAUUUCCCAAUUUGGAGCUCUUUGUUAUGUAAUCUUCCUGUGUUGGAAGUUCCUCAAAAGGCUUGUGAAAUUCUGCUAAAAUAACUAGAAGCAGGUUGGGAGGAAGAACUCAGCUGGAAAAUUAAAACUGAGUAAUCUCUGACCCUUUGCUGCUACUGAACACAACGGGACAGUUACUAAGAUAUCGUGUUGUGUGUGGAAAGGAGCAGAAGGAGAUCUGUGGCAGAUCUGUGGCAGAAACGAGUCUCAACUUCCAGAGCAGUUGGUAGGUGAUUUUUAGCUUUGUUGUUGAAAUGCCAUUUUUCUCCUCUUAAGCACUAGAGGGCCAUUCUGGCACAUGUACAGCACAAUCCUGUACGUAUUAUCCACCUAUUUUCAGAAGUAAGCCCCGCCGUGUUCAGUGGUAGCUUUCUUCCAGCUAAGUAUGCAAAAGCAUUUUGUGAUUCUGACAUACUGUACUUUGCUGGUAAAGAAAUGCCAUCUCAUAUGCUACCCUACUUUCCAGUUCUAUUUUAGCUUUGUGACCUGCUUCUGAACAUAGCAAUAUUUAAAUAGAUUUCAGUUCCAGGAGAGCACUAUAACUGGCAGAAUGAAAACAAAAAACAAAAACAGACACGAACCUUAUUAUUUUCUAAGGAUGAACUAUACGUAGUCAGUGGUGUGGGUCUUCCAGGAAAAACUGUACAUGCAAAUAGGGUGAUUUGCAUAUAGUAAUUAUCUGAGUGAUUUCAUUUAGCAUGUUUAUUUUUACUUGUACUGUAUUUAGUAAACAAAGCUAUGAACUUUGAUAGUGUCAAGCUUGUCUAAUAUUUAGUUGCAAUUGGCACCCAUUGUUAUUAAAGAACUUAUGAAAUGUAAACUUUUCUGCAGAAAAAUUAAGCCCUGGAAAAUUUUGUGUCCCACAUCACUGAAUGCAACCAUAAACCAAGAGCAAGUUGUAGCACAAGAGUGUCAUUUGUGUCACAUUUCUCUCAACAAUAGGCUUGUUAGGAGUGUUUCCUUGGCUAUGUGUUAUUUGAAGUAAGACGGCCAGGGCUGUGUCCCCUCUCUUUAAUUAAAAGUCUCCAGGGAAAAGAUCCUCUCCUCUCUCCAUCUCCUCAUUGCUCACAAACAACAAAACCCAUCUUCUGUUUGUUUUGUUAAGUAGUGAGCAGCAAUUUCCUUGCCUACCCUCUUACUGAGGCAAGUGUCCCAUUUCUGACUGCAGGUGGCACUUCAUGAGACUGAAUGCCUUUCCAUGCAAAAAAUAAAAUCAAAUAAUCAUUGUACAUAGAAAACUUGUCUAUCAGGACAAAGUGCUCUAGCUUCUCCCUGGGCUGCUAGUUUUCUAUGUGAGGGAAGUUUUUGCACACACCGCUAUUUCACAUGGUGUGAGCCUGUGAGGUCUAUGUUUCGGCUGGAAAUGCAGAUGGGUCUGAGAGAGGAGUGGAAACUGGCAUAGUGGCGAGUAGCAUCACAAGGCCAAACCUGCGCUGUGUCUCCAUUAUAGUUUCUAGAGGGAAGGAAGGGUAUCUUUUUAUAUGCGACGGCGGCAGCAAGAGUUCUGAUUGCGGCAAAAUGGAAGAGAAAUGAAAUCCCCUCUGUACAAGAUUGGAUCCGAAAGCUGACAGAAUAUGCUGAAUUAGACGGUCUAUCAGAAAAAUUAAGAAUAAAUCAAAACAGGAAUUUGUUUCAAAAUGGGAGGUUUUCAAAGAAUAUUUGAAAAAUAAAUAUAGUUGUUUAAAUUCUGUAGCAGCAUUCGAGGAACUUCAGUAAUAGUUGCAAGGCAGAUAUAAGAAAUUAGAUAUAUUAAGAAAAAGUUUAAUUAUGAUAAAAGUGUGUAUUGGCAAUAAGUAAUAUGAAAUCGAAAUAUGGAAUAGACGGGAGGUUGGGUCUUUAGUGUUAAGACCAAUAUAUGUUUUAUUGUUUGUUAAGAAAAUUAUGUGUCUAUGGUUAUUACUGUGUGUAUUUGUGUUUUUUCUUUUUUCUUGUGUAUCAAUAAUAUAUAUAUAUAUAUAUAUAUAUAUAUAUAUAUAUAUAGUUUUUCUAGAGGGAAGAGGCAUUUGAGGGUCUCAGUGCCAUGCUACCUCUCCCAUCCCCACUAGCAAAGGAAUCCAGGAUGAUAAAAUAGACAAAACCUCAGAGGUGUGUGGCAUUACUUGGAGUACGUUGUUCCCACUGACUUCCCAUGCGAUCUGUCAAAUCCUGCAGCAUACAGAUGGUUGCUGACACUUUAGGAAAUAGUGUUGUGAUUUAACUAUGACUUUUCUGGCAUGCGCUUUUGUAAACCAAUAAAAUCUUUAACAAAAAAAAUAUUUUAAAAAACAACUGUGGCUUUUCUCUUUUCAGGGUUUGCAUCAUGCUCAGAAUUCAGACCUUUGUGUUCUCCCUUCUCCUGGGACUGGAACUCCCCAAAGCAAAAGCCAACUGUAACUUUACAGAGUCCCAACGUCACUGUGUUUGUUCACUAGAGGCGAAUAACUUCAUUCAGUGCCUUCCAGCCACCACAUAUGAGCUUCGAGGAGGAAAUCUGGAACAAUUUGCAGGUUCUUCUGGAAUCAAGCCAAACUCACAGAUAACUGACAUUCUGGAGGCCCUGCUAGUUCGCAAGCUCAUAUUUACAGACCUCAUUGUGCCAGAGGUUCUCGUGCCAGGGUCCCUGCAAUUUCUUUCCUACACUCAGGUCUCAGAACUUGAAUUUGUAAACUGUACUUUCCUUAGAGCCGCUCCCUGGAGCCUCUCAGGUUGGCGGGACCUGAAGGUUUCUUCCUUGCGCUUUCACAAAGUGACGGCUGCCCCCCUGGAUGACAGACUGAACAUGUCCCGCCUGAGAAGGUGGCUGGAGACCCUGCAGAAUCUGACAGUUACAGAGUCACAAGUCACAUCUGUCCCGUGCGAAAUUAGCAAGAUGUUCACAUCGUUGCAUUUACUGGAUGUUUCGGGAAACAAUUUCCAGGACCAAACCAUGAAGUCAACAUUCUGCGAAGGGGUUUUUCCGCAACUCCAAAUCUUAAAACUCCACCACAACAAUCUGACCUCUUUUGAGACUGUGUGCAAGACUCUUGGCCAUCUCAAGAUGCUCACUCACUUAGACCUAAGUCAGAAUAACUUUCAGCCCCGAGUCUUUUCCUCCUCCUGCACGUGGCCACAUUCACUUCAAAUUUUUAAUUUGUCCAGUACAGGGUUAGAGCAAAUAGGCAGUUCUCUGCCACCCAACAUUAAGAUAUUAGACCUGAGUGCCAAUAACAUUUUUACCCUUGACUUCUCACUCCCUGCCUUGAAAGAGCUCUACCUGUCCAAAAACAGGCUGCAAACUGUUCCCUCACUUGACAGGCUUCCUAGUUUGCAGGUCCUCAGUCUUGAUCAAAACCAGAUCUCACAACUUCCCAGCAACCAUCUCCUGCGUCUGCAGAGCUUGAAAGCUGGCCACAAUCUCUACAAUUGUUCUUGUUCCAGGGAUAUCCAGGACUUAGCAGCAAAACCAUCAUUGCUGCCUGAUUGGCCUCAGGAUUAUACAUGCCAUUCCCCUCUCAAUUACCAGGGCUCCCUGGUAAAAAAUGCACAUUUUUCAUCACUGCAGUGCAAGGCUCUGGUCACUCGUGGCUCAAUAUUCAACUUGCUGAUAUGCCUUCACCUUGUUUUUCUGUUUGCUUUCAGUGCUACAAUUUCUGGACAUUUUAUUUCAGCAAUUCUGAACUGUUGGGACUCGUCAGGGAACUAACAAGCAGAUCACAAUUGAUUGUGGCAUAAAUUAAGUGUAAGCUACUCGACUGGGCUAGAUUGAAUCGUAUUUGUACAUUUGUACUGUAUUUUAUGAUACUAUUUUAUGACACUGCCUGUGUGGUGUAGUGGUCAGACGUGGGAGACCAGGGUUCAAAUCCCCACUCUCAAAUGAAGUGCACUAGGUGAGCUUGGGCCAGUCAUUAUCACUCAGCCUAGCCUACCUCACAGGGUUGUUGCAGGGGAUUAAAUGAGGUGAGGGAGAACCAUGAGCUUAUUGGAGGAAAAGCUGGGUUAUAAAUGCAAUAAAAAUGCCUGCAUAACAGGUGGUAUAUAAAAACCUCAAUAAAUAAAUAAACUAGAAAAUUAGAAUCUGGGGUUGGGUAUUGAAUAUUACUGGGCAAAUGGCAUGAGUGCAGAAUUUGUAAUAAAAUAAAAUAAAGAGAGGGAGCAAGAGUAUGCUUCAGUUAGAAUAUUGCAUGCUGCUUUGACUGUAACUUUUCCUCUACCAGCUGAAACACACAUGUUAUUUUUAUUAAAAAUUAACCACAGUCUUCCAACAUCUUUUUAAAAUAAACCCCUGUACUAAAAACUCAUAAAUAUUUACAAUUGUUAUAAAGCAACAACAAAAAGGUAGAGUGUACAUUUGAUCUCCAGCUGCUUACAGAUGCCAUUUUUAAGAGAGAGAGAUAUAUAAUGAUCCCGUACACUGCAUACAUCCCACAGAGCCUGCUCUAAGAGGGGUCAUCCAUGGAUGUGGAAAACAGCGAGAGGCAAUUACCAUAUGCUCUGCUCCUUCUCCAGUGCCACUGUGAUCUGAAUCUCCCAUGGCUGCAUUUGCCAUGUUUAAAAACCAUAAGAGACCCAGCCACCUAUAUGUCCAGUUUGGUCUUCAGAAUCUUUUUCUCACAUGGGGGAGAGGGAGGUGUACAGGUACAGUCAGCCUACUAGAAAACUAAUAAAUCUAUUAUAAACAGUUUAGCAGGUUGUAUGACCCUAGAAAGAAACCUUGGAUGGGCCUUGGAUUAAUAUACUUUCCUUCCCAGUCCCUCCUUCCUUGGACUGUUGAAAAUAAGAUGUCAUUAUAAAAUUGUAUUAGCUAUCCCAUGUUAUCUUGAAAGGUAAUACUCUUUGUAGACUUGAGAAGCUAUAUCUAAUAAAAUGAAAAUUAUAAAAUAAA